AUGGCUUCCUCUAAAUCCGUCGAUGCCCUAGCCAGUGCCUUGGUGGCUCGAUUCCUGCGAACGAACAACUACGCUGAGACUCUCGGUGCGUUCAUCCGCGAGGCCAGUCUUGCUCCGGACGUGGGGCAGAGCUCCGGCGAUGACACCAACAGCUGGUCCAUUCAAAGCCUGCUUGAGGAGAAGAAAACCUUUGACCAGAGCGUGGAUUUUGAGCGAUAUGGCGCAGAUAGCUCAAAGACGGGUCUGUGGUGUGUGCCAGCACCCUCAAAACCAAACAUUGUGCAAACACCGACAUCAGCCAAUCUACUCGCUGCAUCGGUCGAACACUGGUGGAAGCCUUGCGAGAACGAAGAUGUCGCAGAGUCAGAACGGGGCUACAUUGUGUCCACUGGCGCAGAUAGAAAAGUUCAUCUGCUCGACACCGCAGUCGGCAACGACACCAUUGUUUCGUUCUCCGGGAUAUCUGAUUCACCCGUGCUCUCAUAUGUAUCCGUCUUGCAAGGUCGAUAUAUUUUGAUGACCAACAUGUCUGGCCAACUGCUCCUCCAGCGUGGCUCCGAUACCCUGGAUACCAGAAGAGACCAUACGAAAUACGCCGUCAAGGUGGUCGCUUACGAAGACCAAUGCGGCUCCAGUACUUCUCCCCGAAAGCUGUGGGUUGCUACCGCUGGUUGGGAUGCGAUGGUAUACCUGUACUGUCUCAACAUCCCAGACGAAGUAGACAGUUCAGCACUUGCCAUUGGGAAUCCUGUUGCAUGCAUCAAGCUAGUCACGAACCCAGAAUCUUUGCUCUUUGUACGCCACCUCGACACUGACGAGCUACUCCUGCUUGUCUCACGAAGGGACUCGACCUACCUUUACUACUACGGAGUGGAAUCCGUACCACAAGGCGUCACUGAGUCCGAGAAUAAUACCCAACCACCAGUCCCAGAGUGCAAGCUCCUCGGACACCAGAAUCUGGCACCCCAUUCUAAUGCAUGGGUAGCCUUUUCUCCUGCACACAUGGCACUAAGUCCACACGACCCGGGUCUACUGGCAGUAGCUACAUCGACGCUGCCGCAUCUCAAGGUCAUUAUCGUGCGGCUAUUGUUCCCGUUAACGAAGACAUUUGACCCAGAGGGCGAUUCCGAGGUUUCCCUGACGCAGGCCUCUCAAGCAUUCGCAGCGCUGGCGCUGCAGAACCGCGAGGACGCCGCCAUCCUCGUGCAGGCCAAUACCUUCGCGCCGCAGACGGCAUACUCAACACCGCAGGUAGCGUGGCGACCUGACGGGUCGGGUGUUUGGGUCAAUGGGGAUGACGGCGUAGUGCGCGGCAUUGAGGCUAAGACGGGGAAGGUGGUUGCUAUCCUUAAGGACGGCCAUGAGCCUGGUUGUAAAGUGCGCACGGUCUGGGCGGGCUAUGUACCUGUGCCUCAUGAUGGCGAGGAUCCGUCUCAAGAGGAAUGGGUCAUCAGUGGGGGAUUUGAUAAACGGUUGGUGAUUUGGAAGGUAUAG